GCCGCCGCCGCCGCAGCAGCAACAACCGCCGCCGCGACCCUCCUCCCGCGCCCGCACGGAGCGCGGUCCCCGGAUGGCUGCUUGUCGUCCCGGUCCACUCCGCGCUUCCAGGGCAGGCUGAGCCCCUUUCCGCGCCAGGUGGGCAGCCGCUGACCCCUCCCCACCACCAGCCCAUCCAAGAUGCCGGAGCAGAGCAAUGACUACCGGGUGGUGGUCUUCGGGGCCGGGGGUGUGGGCAAGAGCUCUCUGGUGCUGCGUUUUGUCAAGGGCACCUUCCGGGACACCUACAUCCCCACCAUUGAGGACACCUACCGGCAGGUGAUCAGCUGCGAUAAGAGCGUCUGUACGCUGCAGAUCACCGACACCACCGGCAGCCACCAGUUCCCAGCCAUGCAGCGCCUGUCCAUCUCCAAGGGCCACGCCUUCAUCCUGGUCUUCUCGGUCACCAGCCGACAGUCACUGGAAGAACUGCGGCCCAUCCACCAGCAGAUCGUGCAGCUGAAGGGUGGCGGGGAGGCCUUCCCCAUCAUGCUAGUGGGCAACAAGUGCGACGAGACCCAGCGAGAAGUGCAGACACCAGAGGGGGAGGCUGUGGCCAAGGAGUGGCAGUGUGCUUUCAUGGAGACCUCAGCCAAGAUGAACUACAACGUCAAGGAGCUCUUCCAGGAGCUGCUGAACCUGGAGAAGCGCCGCAACAUGAGCCUCAGCAUCGACGGGAAGCGCGCCAGCAAGCAGAAGCGGACAGAGAAACUGAAGGGCAAGUGCAGCCUCAUGUGAGCGGCCGGCCGGCAGGAGGCGCCCACCCACCCCUCACCAUCCAUCCAUCCGGUCACCUCCGCCUCCUUCCCCCUCCCGUGGCCCGGCUCUUGGUGCUCCCCGGACCCAGCGGCCUCCCCUCCUGCCCCUCCAACUCCCCAGCAGCAGCGGACUUGGACUUGGGCUCCGCUUGGAGCGAUUCAGGCCUCCCUGCAAACUGACAACCCAGCCGGACUGUGGUGAGCCCCCUCCCCUUCUGUCCCCGGAGCAAACUCAGUGGGAACAGAGGAAAGAAGAGCUGCUUCCGCUCAAGGGGGAUUCGCCCACUGGCUCACCAUUCCUCGGACUGCCAGACGGGAGGGGCCGAAGGUGCCCUGACUGACUUCGGCCUGACGAUGGAGAGCCAGCGGCACACCCUGCCCAUCGGCCUGGAGCUGCAGAAGACUGGAUUUGCUCAAGUGGGGCCCUUGAGUGACUGCGACCCUCCCAGGUCUGCAGAAACACCGGGGGAGGGGCGGGGGGCGGGAUUCCUCACCAGUCAGACCCACCUCACCCCAUCACCCUUGCCAGACCCCAGCCUGCCUUUCUUGGUUUCAUCACCCAGGCCCUGCUGGAGGCCACUGAAGUAGUGUAGGGCCCCAAUGAAAGGGUCCACAGGGAGAGCCCCUCCCCACUCUAAAGAAGGCCUCUCUCACUGCCCUGGUGCUCCAGAGCCUGCAGGCCAGAAGGGGGGGCACUCCACAGGACUCCUGGCACAGCUGCACAACAGAGCAGUGCCCCCCAGGCGGCAUCCCUCCCCCUUUCUCUCCCCAUAUGCCAUGCCAGACAGCGAACAUGCAGCUUAUUAUGACCCACCCUUAUCAUUAUUUAUUUUUUAUUUAUGGGUGUGUUUUUUUCUGGAACAAAGCAACAAAAACAGCACAUAUCUGGAUCAGGAAGGCUGGGAAAGGAUGGCCCUGAAUGGGCUGGAAAGCCAUAGCUGAGCAACAGCUGGCAAAGGGCAGUACGGGGGAGGGGAGUGUGUGCCUCCCAGCCUCCAUCUGCUGGAGACUCCCAAUACUGGACACCACACCCCAUCUACUGAGAAGGAUGGAAGCCACGAAAUGAGUGGUUAAGGAACACCUGGCACUGUAGCUUCUCCUCCUGCCCACAGCUAGAAGAGGCUGGACGGCCACCCCCCCCUCGCCCAUCUCACUCUGAGGCCAGAGGAUGGAGGGCUUCCUGCAAGGAAGGGAGGCCCCUUUCUCUGUGCCUGGCAUGGAGAAGAAGGGCACCUUCCUCAUUCCAACAAUGCCCUGUAGGUGCCCUUCAACAUUGUGCUUCACUUUUCUUUUUUAAAAUUCCAGUGGAAGAAGUUGUGUCUCAUGGUUGUAAAACCAGGACUUGAGGUGCACAGGCAGCGCCUGUCAUGAAAAGGGUGAAUGUGCGUUUAAUUCCUUCUUGUGCACAGGAUGCGUGUGCGUGUGUGCGUGCACUCACGGGCAGGUGGAAGGCAGUCUGCAUCAGUUUCUCCUCUGCCAGUCUAAUUUGCUUGGCAUUCAUCUCCAGCCCCUUCCUCAACUGGUGACUUCAAGCAGCUGGCAAGACAGGUGGGGAGGGGGCAGAGGCUAGGGGGGUCCUCCCUCCCACCCAUCCAGAGGCUAGUUCUCUAUUUGCAAACUUGCCAGGGAUCCUGCAAGAUCUUUAAGGGGGGAAUUUUCUGAAUUGUUCACUUAUGCCAGCCGACAAGAUCCCCAAGAGGAAGGCAGGAGGCGUCUCUGCCUGGUCUGCCUGACCCUCCAUGCAGCUGAUGGCAGGAGGAGGCUUUUCUCCUGGCUGCGGUUUUCCCACCCCCUUGGGAAAGCUCUCAAAGAAUGGGAGGCGGGAGGGCAAGUGGAGUGGGCAGAGAGCUUGGCUAUGCAGGAAAGGAGGUCUGUGGGACUCUGGCGCAGCCUGCCCGCCCUCCACCCCUCACCAGUGUUCUUCUCCUGCCUUUGGGCCCCUGUGUGUUCCCCCCUGCCCACAGCCUGCCUUUCCUUCCUCUGUCCCUGUGUGGGGUGCAGAAAGAGAUGGAUGGCAGCUGCUGCCCAGCACCCUCCUUUCCCUGGGCAGGGCAAGUGAGGCCUCCCUUUGGAGUGGAAAGAUCUGAAGCUCUUUGCAAAAUGCUGCUGCUUCAGGUCA